GUUUGCUACGUGUCAAGCUAGAAUUUUUUACGCUGGUAUGAAGUCAAGAUUGUAUUAAUUGUAUGUUAUUUAUACAUUAGCAUUUUCAGUCAUGUCGAACGAAGAUGUUAGUAUUAAAAAUAUACUUUAUAUAUUGUUAUUAUGUAUUUUGUGGUAUUCAGUUAGCUCGGGAAAUAAUGUAAUAAGUAAAACAAUAUUAAAUGAUUUCCCUUUUCCAAUGACGUUAACUAUGAUACAACUUUUGGUAACUACGUUAUUAUCAGGCCCAUUAUUUGCUCUUUGGAGGAUUAGACCAUACAUUAAUAUAAGUAGAACGUAUUAUUGGAAAUUAAUUGUUCCUCUAGCUUUAGGGAAGUUUUUUGGAUCCCUAUCAUCACAUGUGAGUUUAUGGAAAGUUCCAGUUUCAUAUGCUCAUACAGUCAAAGCAACAAUGCCUCUGUUUGUAGUUCUGCUGUCAAGGUUCAUUUUAGGUGAAAAGCAGUCAUUUAAGGUCUAUUGUUCACUACUACCUAUAAUUAUUGGUGUUUCAAUUGCAACUAUAACAGAGUUAUCUUUUGAUUAUGUUGGGCUAUUAAGUGCCUUGCUGUCUACACUCUGGUUUUCACUCCAAAACAUUUAUUCAAAAAAGGUGUUAUAUGACACAGGUGUCCAUCACUUAAGGCUUCUUCAUAUCCUUGCACGUCUGGCCCUGUUUAUCUUUUCUCCAUUCUGGCUUGUGAUAGACCUUAGAAAAAUAUUGGAAACUGCAAAUCUGUUACAAAAUUCAGACACAUUUGUCAUGUGUUUUUUGCUCUUCUUGAAUGGAUUUCUAAACUUUGUCCAAAAUGUAAUUGCAUUCAGUCUUUUGUCGUUGGUGUCACCACUGACCUACUCUGUCUGUAAUGCUACAAAACGAAUCUGUGUUAUAACUAUUUCCUUGUUCCUGCUGCGUAAUCCAGUGACACUAUUCAACCUAUUUGGGAUGUUCAUCGCAAUUCUUGGAGUUCUGUGUUACAACAAAGCUAAAUAUGAUGCUAACCAAGCUAAGAAGAGGGCAGCAUCACUCCCAUACACAAAAAGUGAUAGUAACUUGCUAUUCAAGUACCAAAAUGCAAACCACGUACCAUUUAUCCAUAUACCAGAGAAAACAUAUGAAAACAGAUAUAUGGGAGUUCUUCUUUCUCCUCAUAAUCAUCAAGGUAACCAUAUACCCAAGGCUGGACCUCAGGAAAUAUGAUAUGAUGGUGAAUAAGUGUCUGAUGUGUGUGUGUGUUUAUACCUGUAAUUAGUAGGAAGAAAAUUUAUGUGAUAAAUAAUGAUAUGAAUCUAAUGAAAUAAUACAUUAAAGAGAAUGCACUAAAUUUUGUGUUUUGUGAAUAAUAUCACUACAUGAUUGUUAUGGACAAGGGUAGGCUUAGCAUGUUAUAGUAGAAAGUGUCAUUGUGUGGCUCUCUUAGAAUGUUAUUACAUUCUCACAUUACUGUAUGUGGUGUAAGCUAUUGUACACUCACUUGUGUUACAUAUUAUACUCCUAUAACACACAACUUCAUUUAUUUUAUAAACUAAACUUGCGUGAUAUUUCUUGUGUGAUUGAUCUUUUUCUUUACAGUAUGGGAAUAUGGGUUCACCUGUAUAAAAUGCUAUAAUUAAACAUUAAAUCAUGACACAUAUAGUUUGACUUAUUGGCGAGAAUUAUGGGAACAUAGCUCCACACAAACUGAGUUCUAAAUAUAAUGUCAGAUCUUCACAUUUCUGUAAUAAUUGAGCUUAUAAUAUUAUAAGAAUGUGUACAGAAAUCUGUAGUCUAGCCUUAGAUUCUUAUAUUUUUAGCUCUUCUACUCUUUCUAUAAGUAGAAAGGUUCACACAGGCUGAACUCUGUACUAAGUUUUAAAUUUUGACAUUUUUUAUCAUUGUGUGCACAGUGUGAUUUGAGAGUAGAAGCCAAUACAUGCUAAAAUGUAUGGUACAAGUUUUGAAUUUGAAGUCUUCCAGCUUGGGCAGUUUUCAUACAUAGCUUUUGAAUAACAUUGUUAUUUCGCUAAUGUUUUGAAUUUGAUCUCCCUUUCAAGUGUUAAGACUUUUGUACAAAGCAGUUUAAUUCUUUUGCCGCCAAAAGCAACUGUAGUUGACAGAAAUUUAAUUGUCUUUGACAGUGGAGAUAAUUUUUUCCCCCGUGCCUGUCAAAGCAUUUUUCCCUCUACAGCAGAAAGCAACAACCUUCCAUGAGCUUGAAUCAACCACCAGACACCAGUUGUGCUGACAUCUGGGAGUGUGAGUAGGAAACAUAAGUAUAAAAAUUCCCCAGCUGGCAGACAGUGCAAGGUACCCAUACCUACUGAGCUAUCAACUGAUUGUCAUAUUUUCUCGGUAGUUUUACCAUAAUUUUACCAUAACUUCAAGAUAUGCAGUGUAGGUUUGUCUUGUAUAUCAUAAUGCAGUGAAAUAUACUGCUGAUUGUUUAUGUUUUUUGAUGGAGAAAUGACAUUGGUUGGGGACGGACUAUGAAAUCCAAUUAUGUGGCGAAAGGGUUAAGAGUAUCAUCUCAAUAAUGUGGUAGUGCACAGUGUAUUAUAUUGUGAUGCAUUCUUAACUGACUUGUGAGCCAGGUGUGGUUAAUGUCCAGACUAUGAGUCUAAGGGUCCAUGGUUAGUGCCACUUGGACAGAAUAUCUUGGUCUACACUUUGAAGACAUGAGAGCAUUAUAAGAGUGGUGGUCAAAUCCUACUAUUUGUUUAGAGUAUUCCAAGAGUUAAUGGUAGGUGCUGUUGACUAGUCUAUCAGCUCAAAAUUAGGGAUGGCUAGCACAGGUCACCAUUGUUGAGCUUUACACAAAUUUUGGAAACAAACAAACUUGUGGUCUUGAGAAUUAAAUGUCUUUAGAAUAUCAUAUUGGGAUAUCUGAAAAAUUAAAAUAACGGAUAUCAGCUUUGUGUGUGUUUAUGUUUUUAGGUGAAAUUUGUGGAAAUAUUUUUCUGUUUGAAUCACUUGACGGUCUGCAUAAUACUAUCUUAACAAAAGAUUUGUAUUUGGUAAGUUUUGAUAAUUCUUUUUUUUUAACAUUUGGCAAAGAUAACAGUGAAGGUAGUCCAUGAAUGUAUUUAUGGCUCAGAAACUUGACAAUGGUAUUAAUUGUAGUGAAAAUAUAUUGUGUCAAGGACAUAGCUUUCUUAAUGUAAUAAACUCAUGCUGAAGGCUUCAGUUUAUUAGAUGAACAUUUUCUGAUAUUUCAGUAAUGACUUGCAUUUAUCAGUUUUACUUUUUUUUUAAAUGUGCCAGUGAUUUUUAUUAUGUAAGUAAGACUUCUAUUUAUAUGUUUAACCUUUUCUAAUGUGUCAGUUAUUGACUUGAAUGUGUGUAUUUGACUGUUUUUAAUACAUCAGUGAUGACUUAUAUUUAUGUGUUUAACUUUUAAUAAUGUGUCAGCGAUUUAAUUUUUGUUCUUUUUAGUAUUUCCCGAUUUGUCAAUGAUGACGUGCACUAAGGUGCUCGACAUUUUUUGGAUGUCUUCCAGUGACUUGUAGAAUACCUUUAAAACUCUAAAAUUUUGUUUUCUGUGGUGUCAUGUUAAUAUUGUUUUUUCAUAGAUUUAGGAAAUGAGAAAAAUACAUGAUGUAGCAUUUUUAUUUAAUUAGCUUUAAAAACUCAAGAAAAUAAGUUAAUAUUUAAGUUCGAUUUAAUUUUUAUGUUCUCUGUAUGUUAUAGAAUCAAAUAAAGUGACAAAUUUUGCAUGGACAAUGAUUUCAAAAACAGUUAUGUGUAACCUGUAAUACAGUUAAGUAUAAGUAAUAGUUAUUUCAGACUGAAACAUAUUAGCUAUAAAUGUCUUGAGGAAAUGUACAGUUAAGUUUAAUAGCCCAAUGUUGGCAAUAUGUUUGUCAGUUAAAGUCACAAGUUGCUUACUGAAUUUGUACAAGUUGUAAGUUCGAGUGAAUAAGUUGCAUUUGAUAUAUAUGUAAAUUAAUACAAGACCUAUAUAAAUGUAUGAAAAUAUAAAGUUUCUGUAA